ACAGGCCGCCAACCUGUUGCAAGCAGAAGGUAGCAAGUCUUGGCACGACGCCAAAGUCCUUGUUGCCUUGACUCUGGUAUAAUCAUCUGGAGGCUGUCGUCACGAUCACGAACCUAACGGGUGAUACAUAGUAUUAAAUGAACCAACAAUUUCUUUCCUGUAAUUUAUUUUUACCUGCGACCGGCGCAUGACCCAGUUGCGGCCAUAUAUUAAGUGCACACUCGUGUAUUAUGACAACAUAACAAAGUAGUAACAUUAAGAAGCGGGCUGUUGCUCAGACCACCCAGAUCACCACCAAAAUGAAUUUUGACGAAGUGGUGCAGGCCAUCAAGCCAUUUGGAAGAUACCAGCAGCGAAAUUACUUGUUGACAUGUCUUCUGGGAAUACCUGCAUCAAUUCACACCAUGGUGACUGUGUUUAUACUCGCCACACCUGAGCACAGAUGCUCGAUUCCUGGCUUGGACAAUGACACCUGGCAAAGCCAGGGCCCGGAACACGACGAACUGGUGAGACAGAUGAUACCCUUUGACACCAGACCAAGUCCUCAUCAAUGUACACUCUUCAAGUACCGCUCACUUCAGACUCCUGAUGAUGUGCGCAACGACACAGCCAAGUGUUCACAGUGGGUCUACAACAAGGAGGUCUUCGAUCUUACAGUCAUUUCGGAGCUCAAUCUCGUGUGUGAAGAUAAGAACCUGGUAACACUGGCCAAUUCCAUCCUGAUGGGUGGUCUCUUUUGCGGUUCUAUUAUUCUUGGAACUCUGUCAGAUCUCAUCGGACGAAAGAAGACGAUGUUGAUUGGCAUCGCUGGUCAGUUCUGCGUGGCGCUGGCCACUGGCUUCAUCUCCAACUACAUCGCCUUUAUCGUCCUGCGUUUCCUGACCACACUGUUCGGAAUAGGUUUCUACCUGGCUGCCUUUGUUGCAGCUUUGGAGCUAGUGGGGCCAGACAAGCGGGUUCUUGCCGGUGUCCUCAUCGGUUUAUUUUGGUGUGUGGGUCUCUUCCUCAUCCUGCUGCUGGCCUACCUUCUGCCCAACUGGCAUCACCUGCAGAUCGCUGUGUCCUGCGUCAACCUGCUCUUCUUCCCCUACUACUGGCUGAUCCCCGAGUCGCCCCGAUGGUUGGUGUCACGUGGUCGCAUCCAGGAAGCGUCGGCCAUUGUGCGUCACGCGGCCUCGUCAACAAAGCUGACGUGUCUGAGAAGGUCCUCAGCCUCCAGGACCUGCAGAACGACGGUCCUCAGGAGAAAUUCUGGCACAUGUUUGGCAGUCCUCGCCUGCUGCUUCGGUGUCUGAUAAUUUUCAUAAACUGGUGUGUGGUCAGUAUGGUGUACUACGGCCUCGGUCUGAACGUGGGCAACCUGUCAGGUGGUCUGUACCUCAACUUCAUGUACGCCAGCAUCGCCGAGACCUUGUCGUGUGCGCUGUGUGUCGCGCUGCUGAACCGCUUGGGUAGACGGGUGCUGCACUGCCUGACCAUGCUGCUGGGUGGUGUGGCCUGUGUGGCCAUCGUCUUCCCCGUUCUCUAUGGAACUGACAGUCUCAGCUGGUUGACCAUCACAUUGUCCAUGGUCGGCAAGUUCAGUGUGUCGGCUGCUUUCACAGUCAUCUACAUCUUCUCGGCAGAGCUUUUCCCGACAAUAGUUCGAAACUCGGCAGUGGGGCCAGCUCUUUCUCCG